AUGUUUUCCUUGAGUGCCAAAUUAUCCGCUUUGAGGCGUUUCCUGCUAUCUUGGUGUGUUCAUAACCGUCGGGCUUGGGGUAUCAAUUGGAGGGACCUGACUUCUGCAGUCUCUUCAGCAGCCCUUUCGGUUACUUCUGGUCCUUCAACGGCAUUAUUUAUUUCAUCUAAAGAUGAGUUUGUGGCUCGUGCUGAGGCCACUUUCCUUUAUUGGAAGCAAAGAUCGAAAAUUAAAUGGGAUGUUUUGGGGGAUAGCCCUUCCAGGCUUUUCUUCUCCUCCGUUCAGGCUAGGAAGCGUCGUAACUAUAUUUCUGGUUUGUGGAAUGAUUCGGAUCAGUGGAUUCAAUCUCCCCCAGCCAUUCGAACUUUAGUUUUGAGCUUUUAUUCGAAUCUGUAUCAGGUUGACGGGGCUCCUGUCUCUUCUCCGGAUUUUGAUUGGGAUCAACUUCAGUUACCUCAUCUGUUGGAUUCUCAGAUUCAGGGUCUCAUGUGUCCGUUCUCUUCUGAGGAUAUUAGGAAGGCCAUGUUUAGUAUAGCAGAUGGUAAAUCUCCUGGGCCGGAUGGUUUUUCAGCGGCUCUCUUUAAAUUCCAUUGGGAUAAAGUUGGUUCUCAUGUUAUUAUGGCAGUUCAAUAUUUUUUCGCUCAUGGUUUUAUGCUGAAAGAUUGGAAUCGCACGUUUCUGGUCUUAUUGCCUAAAGUUGACCAUCCUGAUAAGGUUUCACAAUUUCGCCUCAUUGGCCUUUGUAAUGUAGUCUACAAGGGUAUUGCCAAGUGUCUGACUCAUCGCCUUCAAAGCGUCAUGUCGUCUCUUACUUCUGAGACUCAGAACGCUUUUGUUCCUGGGAGACUUAUGUCCGAUGAUUGCUUGUUGGCCCAUGAGUUAAUUUCUUUUGUCAACAACUGCCGAAACAAGAAAAAGUUCUAUGUUGCGGUUAAGUUAGAUAUGAAUAAAGCUUAUGAUAGGAUUUUGAGGGAUUUUUUGUUUAAAACCCUUGAGGUUUUUGGUUUUCCUCCUUAUUGGAUCCACAUUAUUUCCCAGUGCGUUUCAACGGUUUCAUAUCAAGUCCUUGUGAAUGGGAAGCCCACUUCUUCGUUUCGCCCGCGUUGUGGGCUUCGGCAAGGGGAUCCACUUUCUCCCUAUUUGUUUGUUCUUUGUAUGGAAGUGUUCUCAGCCUCGUUGCGUUUGGCAGAACGUCAGCAUCUUCUUCGUGGAAUUUCUAUUUGUAGGAAUGCUCCUUCGAUUUCUCAUCUGUUCUUUGCUGAUGAUUCAUUACUGUUUUUUGAGGUUUCUCCAGAUGCCUGCCAUGAGGUUACUCUUGUGUUGGAUCAGUUUAGUCUCCUUUCGGGGCAGCUUGUGAAUUACCAAAAAUCCUUUGUCAAGUUUAGCCCCAAUACUCCAGAUGAUUACCGGGAUUUUCUGUCAUCCUGUCUAAGGUUAGGUCAUCGUCCUCAUUUAGGUAAAUAUCUGGGGGUUCAGGUGGAUUUAGGUAGGUCUAAAUGUUCGGCCUUCUAUGACCUAGUUGACAGAAUCGCCCGUCGUAUAUCUAACUUUGCGUCUCUCAGGCUUUCGACGGCUGCUAAGUUGGUUCUGAUUAAUUCGGUUCUUGUGGCUUCAAUCUCUCAUGUUCUGUUGGUUUUUCAAAUCCCUCAGUCUAUUUGUGACCGGAUUGAUCAGUUAUGCCUUCGGUUUUGGUGGCGCUCAUCACCCUCAUCGUCUGGUAUGGCUUUGCGUUCUGCUUCGUUAUUGCACCUGCCUAAAGGUAUGGGUGGUCUUGGAAUUAGGAAAGUUUCUUCCUUCAACCAAGCUUUGCUUGCCAGGCAAGCUUGGAGGCUGUUCCAUCAGCCUCAGUUGUUGUUAUCUCGUCUUUAUCGGGCUAAGUAUCCUCAUCUGUUAGCUCUUGGCCCCACUUCUCCUUCUCGUCCUUCUUGGGGAUGUCGGGGGUUGAUGUCUGGUGUUAAGGUGUUUUCUCAGGGGUUGGCUUGGAAAGUGGGUUCUGGGUCUCAGGUCAAGAUUACUCUUGACAGUUGGGUUCCGGAUGCACCCAUUACUUUUAGAAGUUCUGUGAAUGAGUCGGAAGUUCUGACUCAUGUUUCUUCUUUAGUCAAUCUGCGUUCAUACGCGUGGGAUAUUGCUGUUAUUCGGCACCUGUUUGUAGAUGCUACGGCUAACGCCAUUCUGGCAUUGGAACGACCUUCUGUUCCUCUGGAUGAUUUCGUUUACUGGAAAUUCACUCCUGCGGGGCUGCACUCUUCUGCGCAUUUGCCCUGUCUUCCUGUUACCUGGUGGAAGCAAUUUUGGGGUCUGAAAAUUCUUCCUCGGUUUAAGAUUUUCGUCUGGAAGCUUAUGCAUAAUGCUUUGCCUGUGGCUGGUCUUCUUCAUAAUCGGGGUAUUCCGUUGGACCCUCAAUGUAGUUUUUGUCAUUCCUUUGUGGAAUCCGUGGCUCACUUGUUUCGUAACUGCCCUCUGAUAUCGGCUUGGUGGUCUAUUUCUUCGUUGGCCUCUCUCUGUGCGUUGCCUUUGCCUUCCUCGUUCUCAUCAUGGUGUGCUUCCAUUAUUUCCAGAGUGUUGGUUCUGCCUCCUCCUGUGUUGGGUGCUUUCUUGGUUGGCCUCUGGUCUUGUUGGAUUGUACGAAAUGACAUUCGCUUCCGUGAAAGUUCUUUUUCUAUGGCUGCUUUAGAUGCUGUGUUUGGUAAGUGGUCUGUGAGGCUGGCGGAUGUGGUUUCCUUUCGCUCUCCUCUCUCGUCUCAUCGUCCAGGGCCCAUCCUGAAUGUGGGCCAUCCGUUGUUUUUCAGUCGUCAUCAUUCCUCUUCGUUGUCGCCUGUUAUAUGCCUUGUGGUUGAUGGUGAGUGGGUUUUGGGUUCUAAUCAGGCAGGGGUGGCCUGGGUUUUCAAGGAUGCCAGGUCCCUUGUUGCUCUUGGGGGUGGCGCCCAGGCCUGCAUUUUGGGGUCUGCUCUUCAAGCGGAAUUGAGAGCGUGUGCUAGGCCUUCGUGCUGCGAUUCAGAGGGGUUUUUCUUCUCUGUUGAUUUAUACGGACUCCUCUUCUUUGGUUCGCAUUUUGCAAGGUGCUAUGUUGCCUCCUGUGUCAGUUGCUUGGUCGCUUGCUGA